AGGCCGCCUCCUGGAGUGUCUGAGGAGGCGCGGGCUGCUGCAGGCUCCGGCGCCUCACCGCGCCGGCCCGAGCCGCCGGGCGAGGCCCAAGCAGCUGCUCGCCCCGACCGCACCGCCCGAUGUCCUCAAGAUGGAGGCAGCGGAGGCGGCGGCGUGAAGAAAGCGGCGCUGUGGGCGCGGGAGCAGCGGCCCGGGCGGAGGCGGUGGCGGGAUGGGGCUGCUGCUCAUGAUCCUGGCGUCGGCCGUGCUGGGCUCCUUCCUCACGCUCCUCGCCCAGUUCCUGCUGCUGUACCGCAAACAGCCCGAGCCGCCGCCGGACGAGGCCGCCCGCGCGGCCGACGGCUUCCGCUACAUCAAGCCGGUGCCGGGCCUGCCCCUGAGGGAGUACCUUUAUGGCGGCGGCGGGGAUGAGGAGCCCUCCGGCGGGGCCCCCGAGGGCGGCGCGACCCCGGCCCCCGAGACCCCCGGCCCGCCGACGCGGGAGACCUGCUACUUCCUCAACGCCACUAUCCUGUUCCUGUUCCGGGAACUGCGGGACACCGCACUGACCCGCCGCUGGGUCACCAAGAAGAUCAAGGUGGAGUUCGAGGAACUGCUGCAGACCAAGACGGCCGGGCGCCUGCUGGAGGGGCUGAGCCUGCGGGACGUGUUCCUGGGCGAAACGGUGCCCUUCAUCAAGACCAUCCGGCUCAUCCGGCCCGUCGUACCCUCGGCCACCGCAGAGUCCGACGGCCCCGACGGGGAGGCGCUGCCCGCCACCUGCCCCGAGGAGCUGGCCUUCGAGGCGGAGGUGGAGUACAGCGGGGGCUUCCACUUGGCCAUCGACGUGGACCUGGUCUUCGGCAAGUCCGCCUACCUGUUCGUUAAGCUGUCCCGAGUGGUGGGGAGGCUGCGCUUGGUCUUCACUCGCGUGCCCUUCACCCACUGGUUCUUCUCCUUCGUGGAGGACCCGCUGAUCGACUUCGAGGUGCGCUCCCAGUUUGAAGGACGACCCAUGCCCCAGCUCACCUCCAUCAUCGUCAACCAGCUCAAGAAGAUCAUCAAGCGCAAGCACACACUUCCGAGUUACAAGAUCAGGUUUAAGCCGUUUUUCCCAUACCAAACCUUGCAAGGAUUUGAAGAUGAAGAGCAUAUCCAUAUACAACAAUGGGCACUUACUGAAGGCCGUCUUAAAGUUACCUUGUUAGAAUGUAGCAGGUUACUCAUUUUUGGAUCCUAUGACAGAGAGGCAAAUAUUCAUUGCACACUUGAGUUGAGCAGUAGUGUUUGGGAAGAAAAACAAAGGAGUUCUAUCAAGACGGUUGAGUUAAUAAAAGGAAAUUUACAAAGUGUUGGACUUACACUUCGUCUUGUCCAGUCAACUGACGGGUAUGCUGGGCACGUCAUAAUUGAAACUGUGGCCCCAAACUCGCCUGCUGCUCUUGCAGAUCUUCAGCGGGGAGAUCGACUUAUUGCUAUUGGAGGUGUGAAAAUCACAUCGACGCUGCAAGUGUUGAAGCUUAUCAAGCAGGCUGGUGACCGAGUCCUGGUGUACUAUGAAAGGCCUGUUGGCCAGAGUAAUCAAGGCACAGUGCUGCAAGAUAAUUUUGGCCAAUUGGAAGAAAAUUUUCUGUCAAGCUCAUGCCAACCAAUUUAUGAAGAGGAAGCCGCCGGGUUGGCAGUUGAUACUGAAAAUAGAGACCUGGAUUCUGAAUUUGAAGAUUUAGCAAGUGAUGUCAAAGCACCAAAUGAGUUCAAAGAUGAGGCGCAAUCAUUAAGUCAUAGUCCUAAACGCACUCCAACAACACUUUCUAUUAAGCCCCUUGGAGCUAUAUCACCAGUUUUAAACCGUAAGUUAGUAGGAAGUCACCCACUGCCACCAAAAAUUCCAUCCAAAGAAGGAAAUAAACCCUCAGCCCUAAAAACUUCUGAGGUAACAGACCCAGCACAAGUGUCAAAACCCACCCAAGCAUCCACUUUCAAACCACCUGUGCCACCACGACCACAAGUGAAAGUUCCUUUGCUUUCCAGUGACGCCCCAAAUCAGACAGAACCAGAUGUUCUUGUUGAAAAGCCAGAGAAAGUGCUGCCUCCUCCUCCUGCAGAUAAAUCUGCUGAAAAGCAAGCAAAAAAUAUGGAUCAAAUAGAAGAUGCAGCUGCAUCUAAGCACUUUUUAGCAAAGCAAGAAGUGACUAAAGAUUUUAGUUCAGAAAGUUCCUGCCCUACUAAGGACAGUUCGGACGACCAUCAAACGUGGGAAUCAUCAGAAAUUCUUUAUCGUAAUAAGAUAGGAAAAUGGACAAGAACCAGAGCAUCCUGUUUGUUUGACAUAGAAGCCUGCCACAGAUACUUAAACAUUGCACUGUGGUGCAGGGAUCCUUUCAAGUUGGGAAGUCUCAUCUGUUUGGGGCAUGUUAGUUUAAAACUUGAAGAGGUGGCUUUAGGUUGCCUGGCUACAUCAAACAUGGAAUACCUUUCAAAAUUAAGACUAGAAGCCCCCACACCAAAGGCUAUGGUCACUAGAACCGCACUGCGCAAUCUGAGUAUGCAAAAGGGAUUCAAUGACAAAUUUUGUUUUGGUGAUAUUACUGUUCAUUUCAAAUAUGUGAAAGAAGGGGAACCAGACCACCACACAGUUACUACUGCAGAGAAAGAAAAAGAAGUCCAUUUGGUCGAAGAAGUUUCUGCUCUCCCUAAAGAAGAACACUUUGUUGGACAGAUAGGUUUAACAGAAAAUAAACAUAGUUUCCAGGAUACUCAGUUUCAGAACCCAACUUGGUGUGAUUACUGUAAGAAAAAAGUUUGGACUAAGGCUGCUUCCCAGUGUAUGUUCUGUGCUUAUGUUUGCCAUAAAAAAUGUCAAGAAAAGUGUCUAGCCGAGACUCCUCUUUGUGGAGCAACUGAUAGGCGAAUAGACCGGACCCUGAAAAACCUCAGGUUGGAAGGACAGGAAACCCUCUUAGGCCUACCUCCUCGUGUUGAUGCUGAAACUAGCAAGUCGGUCAAUAAAACAACAGGUUUGACAAGGCAUAUUAUCAAUACUAGUUCUCGUUUGUUAAAUUUGCGUCAAGUUUCCAAAACUCGCCUUUCUGAACCAGGAACCGAUCUUGUAGAACCUUCACCAAAACACACACCCAACACAUCAGACAACGAAGGCAGUGACACAGAAGUAUGCGGUCCAAACAGCCCUUCUAAGAGGGGAAGCAGCACAGGAAUAAAGUUAGUGAGAAAGGAGGGUGGUCUGGAUGACAGUGUUUUCAUUGCAGUUAAAGAAAUUGGUCGUGAUCUGUACAGGGGCUUGCCUACGGAAGAAAGGAUCCAGAAACUAGAGUUCAUGUUGGAUAAACUGCAGAAUGAAAUUGAUCAGGAGUUGGAACACAAUAAUUCCAUUGUUAGAGAAGAAAAAGAGACAACUGAUGCAAGGAAAAAAUCACUUCUUUCUGCUGCUUUGACUAAAUCAGGUGAAAGACUACAAGCUCUAACACUUCUUAUGAUCCACUACAGAGCAGGCAUUGAAGAUAUCGAAACUUUAGAAAGUCUGUCUUUAGACCAGCACUCCAAAAAAAUCAGCAAGUAUCCAGAUGACACAGAAGAAGACCUCGAUAGUGAAAUAAGCCAACUAAUAGACUCUCAGCCAUUCAGCAGCAUAUCAGAGGACUUAUUUGGCCCAUCCGAAUCUGUGUAACAGACACUCUAUUUAAACUUUGAAAUGAUUGGGGAAAAGUUGCAUCUAAAGUACCACAGAUACAACCACAUUUAAAUCCUCUCAUAAUGCACUUUGGCCUACUCCUCCACAGUUAUUUGCUUGUGCAAGAACAAGAACAAAAAAGGUGGUUUUCCAGCAAAAACAUGACCAACUCACUAAAUUAGUUGUUUCGGAUUGCAUUUAUAGCUAUGCUUUUUUGGGUUUCUACUGGGAAUUUAUUUUUACUAAUUUAUUUUUAACUUUUUCUAAUUAUGUAAUUAUGUAAGCUAACUUUUCAUGUUUAUGUAUGUGUGAUGUAUCAUUGUAUUAUUUUCUUUCCUCUUAGUUUUUGAAUUAGUGUUAAAUAGGAUCCUAUCCAGAUUCUUGAAAUAUUUUCAUUUCCAUCACGGUUGUAACAACUAAUUUGCUGCAUGCCCAAAUUGACAACAGCAAUCAUUGAGGGAACAGCUUUUGAAUCUUUCUUUUGUGUUAUGAAGUUUGUCAUCUCUGCUUGUUUAAGAUUUUUGUUAUUUGCGGGUUUUGGGGGUGCUUUUGUUUUUGCCAAAUGUAACAUGAAAGCAUAUGCUGCAGCUUUAGUCUGUUAUGCUGAUUUAGUAAAAAAAUUUUUAUAUAUAUUGCUUGCUUUCUAUGCUUCUGUGAAAUUUUUUUCUGAAGCUUUUGUGCAGUUGAAGUAUAUUAAAAAUACAGUGAUUAAUUUGAAGAGCUUGCAUUGAAAACCAAAAUGUAAUAGGGAAUAAAUAUAGAAUGCAGUUGGUCAAGUAUGUUGUAGAGAGGAUAACAAGAUUAAAUUACUGAAAAACAGUAACCAGUUGGAUUUUGAAAUUAAUCUUUCAAAAUGUGAUGCUCUCCUUUAACAUGGAAGUUCUACACAUUCAUGAUUAUUUUUCAUCUUCAGUUCUCCCACAGGAAAUAAAGCAUGUGCAAGGAUAUUUAAAGUUUCAGAGGACUGUUCUUAACAUGACUAUGUUGAUAACUCAUUUUUGCUGGUUUUGUUUUAGAAUAUUUUCAUGUCGAAGUAUGUUGUGAUUGCAAGGAAUCAUGCAAAAUAUAUUAUUGCUUCAUCUGGCAUCUUACAGGCUUAAAGGAAUGUGAUCGUUCUGAACACUUCUGUAGCUCAGACUGUCUUCAUUUGUUAAGAAAAGAAAGACAAAUAAAAAUAGUAUAGAUUACGUAAGAAUUGGGACCAGUUCUCUGAAAAUGAAGAUCUGCUCUGAUACUGUGUUCAUCUCAUGGAUCCCAGCAACACAUGACUAAGGGAAAACAUGUAAGCUUGACCUCUGUUAGUGUACCUUAAAAGUUUUGGCCUUGUUAUAUACCUAUAAAAUAGAUAAGCAUAUGUUUUUCCCUUUUGUAGGUAAUUGCUAUGAUAAUUGAUAUAUAGUGAAAAUGACAUGAAUUUAAAACUAAAUGAAACAGCUUUUAUGGCUAGCACGAAAAGGCAUAGUGUAAUAUUAAGGAUUGUGGCCCAGGUCUAUAGUCCAGUACUCCAUGUAAGAGUUUAAUUUCAAGCUCUUCCAUUAAUGAACUGUGCAAUCAUAGGCAAGUCACAAAAGGGCUCUGUGCCACAGUUUCGCCAUCUCUGCAAUGGGAAUACUACUACUAAUUCUAACUACCUCACAGGAUUAUUGUGAGGAAAACAAUAGCCUAAAUGCAAAAGUGCUGUGAACUGUAAAAAGCUAUACAAAUAAAAAGUAUUUAUAUAAGUAAGAAAAACAUUUUUGAGGGUAGAAAAGUUAUUACACUUUUAAAGUCAGUAGCCAGCUCUCACUCCUGUUGGUAUUUUACUAAGGGAAAUAUUAGGACACUAAAAACCUUUCUUGGCCAAUUUUAUAACAAAUAUAUUUGUGUGUACUCCCCGUUUUUGUUUGUUUAAGCGUGCUCGAAUUUUAAAAGAACACUGCUAUAGAAGACUUGACCCACCAAAUUCCCUAAAAUCUAAAAUGUUGUUUCAUAAUACAUGCUUGAAACAAUCUGCCCAAUGUAUAAUCAUGUUUCAUCUUGUAAAAAAUAACUUACCAUUGAUAACCUAGAAAGUGGAGUAUCUGUAAGUGACUGGUGUUUAUAGAUUAAACCAUGGAAGUUUUAGUGAUACCCAAGCAUGCUGCUAAAACUGAUGCAUUUGAAAGAGAUGUAGAAAUAAUGCAAAACUUUGGCUUCAUAAGAAUCUAGUCAUGUUUUUAAAGUAUUUACCUCUGUAGAACCACAAUAAUGGAAAGCUCAGUAAUGCUGCUAAUGACAUUUGUAAAAUAAACCUUUAAUGUAGUGCAAUAUUUUUAUAUCCACUGCGAGAGGGAGUAGAGGCAUCACAGUUGUACUUUAGUGCAAGGGGGAACACUCCAAAUAGCCUAGAAUAUAGUAAGGUAUAAAGCUUCAGUAAAAAAGUUGUAUUACAUUACUGAUGUAAUCUUGCUGCCAUGCUAUGUUAUCAAUAGCUUUGAAAAAUAAUAAAGAGUACCACAGAAAACAAGAAUAUCUCCAUUUGAUGACAUCUUUAAAAAGGUGAUUACUGCAUUCCUAUGGAAUUAGUACCUGGUAUAAUUUGGCCAUGCAGACAAGUUGACCAAAGUCCACUUUUGCUAAACAAAAUUGCUAUUUUGCACACUGCCUAAAAGCAUUAAAUUUUU